AUGGUAAAGAAAGUUCUCUGUGGGUUUGGCGUCGACGUGGAUGCUGUAGCGGGUACGCUCGGUUCAUAUGCCGGUGAAGACUCGCCGAACGAUAUCUCUCGUGGUAUGUUUGCGGGAGAGGUGGGCACUCCGAGGCUGUUGAAACUGUUCAAGAAGUAUGACAUGAAGACAACAUGGUUUAUCCCUGGACACUCUCUGGAGACGUUCCCCGAGCAGAUGGCGAUGGUGCGGGAUGCAGGACACGAGAUAGGCCUGCACGGGUACUCACACGAGAAUCCAGUAGCGAUGACGCUCCAGCAACAGAAGGACAUCCUGGAGCACACCUUCAAGCUCUUGACCGACUUCUGUGGCAAGCCUCCAAAGGGAAGCGUCGCUCCCUGGUGGGAGACAUCCGCCGAAGCGACCGAGCUCUUGCUCGCCAAAGGCGUGGAGUACGACCACAGCGAUAUGUCACACGACUGUCAGGCAUAUUACCUGCGCGAUCAAGACAAUUGGACUAAGAUCGACUUCUCGCAGGAGGCGAAGAGCUGGAUGAACCCUCUCGUACGGGGCAAGCCUACGGGGCUGGUGGAGAUCCCCGCCAGUUGGUACCUGGACGACCUGCCGCCAAUGAUGUUCAUCAAGAAGAGCGCGAAUUCUCAUGGAUGGGUCGAUACGCGUGUGGUGGAGCAGCUGUGGAAGGAUCAGUUCACGUACUUUUACAGGGAGUAUGAUGAGUUCAUCUUCCCUAUUACGAUUCACCCAGAUGUGAGCGGGAGGCCGCAUGUGCUGCUCAUGCUGGAGAGGUUUAUCGAGUGGGUUAAUACGCAUGAGGGUGUGCAUUGGGUGACGAUGAGAGAGAUGGCGGACGACUUUCUUUAG